UACAAGUGGCUCCCCGUGUACGACGAAGAGGUUGUCAACGCCUACAGAGGGAAGAAGAGGAUGGAGGCUCCACCCCAUAUCUUCUCCGUCUCUGACAACGCCUUUCAGUUCAUGAUGAUUGAUAAGGAGAACCAGUCUGUCCUGAUUACUGGAGAAUCCGGUGCAGGAAAGACUGUCAACACCAAGCGUGUCAUCCAGUACUUCGCCACCAUUGCGGUAUCUGGUGCCAAGAAGGAAGUAGACCCCAGCAAAUGCAGGGGUCUCUUGAGGAUCAGAUCAUUGCAGCUAACCCUCUGCUGGAGUCUUACGGUAAUGCCAAGACAGUGAGGAACGACAACUCGUCUCGCUUUGGUAAAUUCAUCAGGAUUCACUUCCAAGCAGG